AUGUCGCUUCCGCCCAAAAAGCAAAGCAAGAGUCGGAAGCGCUAUUCGCUAGGCGCGACGAGUGAGGCCGCGCACAACCACCCUCAGGAGGAGCCACGAGGACGCUACGUGCACUCGCGGGACAAGCACGUCAUUGAGAUGGAGAGGAGGCUGCGACGCCUCGAGCGGGACGGGAACGCAUGGCUUGGCGCCAUGAUGCCGCUGCUCAACAACCUGAACCAAACGCUGGGGAAGCUACAGGAUGAGGAGGACUACGAGUUGAGCAGGAAAGAAUGGGGCGAUGGAUACAGGGAUAUACCCGAGCUCGAGUCCUUCCGUGCGCGACCGACUUACCAGUAUCAACAUCAGGAACAGGAGGAGGAAGACGAGUUCACCAGGCCUACGAGACGACCCCACACAGCAGACCCGAACCGCCACAGACGCCUGUCAAUGCAGAGCGAUUUCGAGCCGCGGGGCCGGAGCUUGAGGAGCCGCAGCCGCCAGUCGCAGGCCUCUCGCCAGUCCUGGGCAGGUGGUCCGCCGCCCAUGGCGAGCAUGUCGAGUAGCAGAGACAGAGGCCGCCGCAUCUCGCCGUAUAAAAUGCCCCUGCACGAGGAGCCCGAGGAGCCGAGCUGGCACCAGCGCGACGAGCGCAGGCGGACGGUGGGCCAGGCGCCGCGGGAUUUGUCCGAGUUCAGACGCAGCGCGGCUGGGUUCCGGAGUCGAAGCCGAAGUAGCAGCGGCAGCGGGGAGAGCAUGGUCCUCGGCGGCGGCGGACUCGAUAAUCUCGAGCCGCUGAUGCGCGAGCUCAUGGGCGGCUCGCGUCUGGACCAGCAGACUCCUGGAGAUAGGCGCACGCCGCUGGAGGAUGAUCCUGAAGCAGUGUUUGCGAUGUUUUGA